AUGUCAUCGACCAUCCAAUCAAUCACCAACGCCAUCCCUUCUUUGGGACGAGCGAGACUCUUGAUCAACUCUGCGGACGAUGUGGUCGUGGUCAGCGCUUGCAGAACAGCAAUAACCAAGGCGAAGAAAGGGGGUUUCAAAGACUGCUUACCUGAAGAUCUUCUCGCCGCUGUUCUAAUCGAGACUUUGAAAAGAAGCAAAGUCGACCCUUCAAAGAUUGAGGAUAUCGCCGUUGGAAAUGUACUCCCCCCCGGAGGAGGCGCGAACGUAGCUAGGAUGGCUCAGCUUUACGCUGGUAUACCUUACACUGUUCCCAUCAACACCGUCAAUCGACAAUGCUCAUCUGGUCUCACAGCUGUGGCUCAAAUCGCUAACGAGAUCAAGUCUGGGGAAAUCGACAUUGGUAUCGGUGCCGGUGUCGAACAUAUGACCGCCCACUACGGCGCCGGAGUCUUACCCGAAAGGAUGUCAGAUGAAGUGCUCUCAAACCCGGAAGCGGCCGACUGUCUCAUCCCAAUGGGCAUCACCUCCGAGAAUGUCGCCAAACAAUAUGGUAUCUCUCGAGACACCCAAGAUACCUUCGCAGCGAACAGUUUCGGUAAAGCUGCAGACGCCCAAAAGCAAGGUAAAUUCAAGAGUGAAAUUGUACCUGUCAAGGUCAAAUGGUCCGAUCCUAAAACCGAAGAUGAAAAAGAAAUCAUCGUCGAUGCUGAUGAUGGAGUACGAGAAGGAGUCACCAAAGAAGGGUUGGCGAAACUCAAACCCGCCUUCUCGAAGGAUGGGACCACCCAUGCGGGUAAUGCAUCUCAGGUGUCCGAUGGUGCUGCGGCUGUGCUCCUCGCAAGAAGAUCGGUAGCUCAAAAGUUAGGUCUUCCGAUUCUGGGAAAAUUCGUCGUCUCUGCUGUAGUAGGAGUGCCUCCAAAGCUCAUGGGUAUCGGACCCGCAUUCGCCAUCCCCAAAGUCCUCCAAAAAGCCGGUAUCACCAAAGACGAUGUAGAUUUCUACGAAAUCAACGAGGCUUUCGCAUCUCAAGCUGUUAUGUCGAUCCAACAUCUCCAUCUUCCAUUUGAAAAGGUCAACCCAGUCGGUGGUGCUAUUGCUAUGGGCCAUCCACUCGGUGCUACCGGUGCUCGGCAAAUUGCUACUGGGUUUGCGGAAGCCAAGAGAGAGCAAAAGAAGGUGUUCGUUACUAGUAUGUGUAUCGGAAGUGGUAUGGGUAUGGCCGCUGUGUUUGUCAAUGAGCAAUAA